AUGACCAAAGAGGAUAAGAAAUGCGUGGUGAUCCACAACGGUUCGCACUCCACCAUAGCCGGAUUCAGCAACAUGGAAUUGCCGCAAUGCAUAAUCCCAUCUACCUAUCUGCAACGAGGCGACGAGAUGAUCUUCGGGACGUUUGAAAUGCUGGAUGAAGCGCAACAGAACGCACCGGGAACCGAAGUUUACACCAUCAUGGACUCCCACGGCCUGCCAUACAACUGGACCGCGCUGGAAGCGCAAUGGCGAUACAUAUAUGAAAAACAACUCAAAGUGUCUCCUCACGACCUGCCCCUGGUCAUCAGCGUCCCCACGUCGCACGCCGAGUUCGACAUGCAUGUGAUGGAGCGAUACUUUGAGCUGGCGUUUGUCCAACUGGGCGUCCCCGUCCUGCAGAUCGUCAUCGAGCCGCUGGCGGUCGCCCUCUCGAUGGGGAAAAGCUCUGCUCUUGUCGUCGACAUCGGCGCCAAGGGCUGCACCGUCACGCCGAUCGUAGACGGCACCGUGAUCAAGAGCGGAGUGAUGAGAUCCAAGUUCGGCGGUAACUUUCUCGAUUUCCAGAUCUCCAAGCUUCCACAGAUCGACACUCCCGCGACCGCUUCCACCUGCGAGACAUGGUACAACGCAAACACCUGGAUCCAGCAGUUCAAGAGCACAAUGCUGCAAGUGAGCGACAAGAACCUCGUCGAACUCGAACGCUACUACCAAGAACAGCUACAAUUGCAGCAGCAGCAACAGCAACAGAUGAACGGGUUCCAGCCGUACAUGGUAAACCCGCUCACGCAGAAGAGAAACUUUCUAUACAACGGCCAAAAGACUAUUACGAUGGAACUGAGGGACUGCUACAAGAUAGCAGAGUAUCUGUUCCAGCCCAACCUCGCCUCCGACACCUUCUCCAGCGCUGACGGUCUCAGCGAACUGAUGUCCAAGUCCAUCAGGAAGGCCGGAGGCAGCGUGAGCACAAUGGGCACUCAGAGCGGAGGUACGGGCGCUUCGUUGGUAUACCACCGUAGCCAUGCCGCCGCCAGCGGCAACCCCAAGAGCUCCUCGUCGGCCCAGUCACCCGGCUCAGGAACACCAGCAGCAGCGUCGUCAUCCUCGACGACAGCGGCUGCAGCUGCCUCCGCGGGCGGCCUCACCUCGGAACAGGUCUACUCGCUGCUGCUGACCAACGUGAUCAUCACCGGAUGCACGUCGCUGAUCGGCGGCACCGAGCAGCGCAUCAUAAACGAACUGUCGAUACGAUUCCCGCAGUACAAACUGACCACAUACGCGAACCAAAUCCAAUUCGACCGAAAGGUACAGACGUGGAUCUCAAUGAGCGCGAUGGCCAGCCUGCCCAACUGGGAACUCGGCCGCUGGUACGUGCCCAGUGACUGGCGCACGGCUCCCGCGCCAGCGUCCGGGACCAUCUGA